AUGUCAUUUCUCUUGCAAGCAUUCAGAAAGCAGACCACUUCGUUUCUCACACGAUCGUUAACAACGGAGACACAUGUUCCCAAGGAUGACUUGGUCAGCCAACUUGUCAACACCAUUAUGCGAGACGGCAAGAAAGCACGCGCACAACGUCUUGUUUCUGACAGCAUGGUGGAAUUGAAGAAGAAACCCGGCAUUACCGAUCCUUAUCAAACCUUGUCAGAGGCUGUUGAAACGGCAUCACCCCUUAUGAAGCUCACGACUACGAAGAAGGGCAGCAAGGCACUCCAUGUACCAACACCUUUGCGUUUACGUCAACGUCGUCGACGAGCUAUUGUAUGGAUGCUUGAUUCAGCUUCCAAGCGAUCUGAAAAGACAUUUGAGCAACGUUUUGCUUCUGAAGUAUUCGAUGUGAUUGAAGGCACUAGUCCCACUUUGCAAAAGAAGGCACAGGUUCACAAGCAGGCCCUGGCCAACAGAGCCAAUGCACAAGUCUCUUACGGCGGCAUGUCUCAAUCCCGAUAA